AACUGCUAUUGACGCUGCACUGACGCAAGAUGAGAAGCGCGCGAAUGCGAACGACUUUAACGAUGAGGCCUUCUUCGACACAGAUCCGUCAAAGUUCAUGCUAGACGGACAGACACUUAUCCUUCCAAAUGUUCAGGCAACAGACCCGCUGAUGCACCGCAUCGAAUCGCUUCGUUUAUUCCUUGAGAACAAGUUGGGCGAGUCCGCACUGAUAGCUUCAUAUCGUCAAAUGAACAACAUAGCUGUCGACGACGACGAAGCGAUGCAGCGUGUGGCGGACAUGUUGCCCGAGGAGCAUCAGAGAUUUAUUCCCCUGAUUGCACAACUGAUUGUGUGUGAGGACGCAUUUAAUCGUCAUCUUCUACAGUAG